ACAUGAGGAGGCACAGCAGCAGGCGACAACACAACAGCAAACAUAUACGAACAAAACUUACGCGUGUACUCACUGAGUGGCAAUAUUUCCAAUUGUUUGUGAAGGCAUCACCAAACCAGCCAAAUGUUCUCACUCAACCUGAAGCUUCCAGGAUAAAGGCCCCAGACUUUGUGACAGAUGCCAUCUGUACUCUGCCAAUCUGCCAUUCCCUGAAGACUGAAGGAGGAGCAGUCUGUUUGGUUGUGGCCUUUGAUCUACAAUGAAGAUUGUACAUUGCAACCUAAUUUGGAGGGGGGAUAGGCUACAGCUGGAAGUAUAUAACUAUGUCAGGACCACAGGAGCAUAUAUCAGUCUUCUUCCCACCGGAGGACCUUCUUACAAAUUAGAAGCACUUACAGCAACAGAGUUCUACAGAGAUGAAGUGUAACCGUCUCCUGUCCUGGGCCUUCCUACUCAUGGCCUCUGGCCCACUGCUAGCCCACCCCAUCACAGAAUCUGCUGAGAUGACUUAUCCAGGAUAUGUGUCAGUGGAGGACCAAGGAGUUGGCGCUCUUGAUGAUCUGUCUCUCUCCCAGCAAACCUUCGCUCCUCAGGAUGGUGCCGGUCUUGGAUACUCCACUGUGAUGUCUGGGGUGAUCAACAGAGAUGGUGUCAGAACAACAGGCCUGCUUCCUAGGGGUGUGAAAAGACAGGUCCUAUUAGAGAAAGUCCUAACCCCAUUUGGGCGUGUGUUCAGCAUCCGGAAGGAGUUCAGGAAGAGAGCAAGGAAUUCUGAGUGUUUCUGGAAGUACUGUGUCUAAAACUGACAGCAGGUCUUCAUGCUACACAUAAGUGACAAGGCUUGUGCUAAACCAAAAAUCCUUAUCUUGCACUCACAUACUGUAAGUACAUGCAGACAAACUAAGAAGCGCUGUCAGUAUUUGUUCACUAAAAGAACAAUGCCAUAGGUGUGACUGAGACAUGCCGCUUCAGGACUUUAAGAUAAUUUAUGAAAGUUACCUUUAUGUUG